GCGUGAGUGCGAGGCGCGUGUGAAUCUUCUGCGUAUGUGUGCGUCCCUGAGUGUCGCUCCGAUGGCGUCCCCCAAGGGCCAGCUGACCAGGAAGGGGCUCCAGCCUGUGCCCAGGAUGCAGCCGGCCAUGAUGAUGUUCUCCAGCAAGUACUGGGCCCGCAGGGGCCUCUCCCUGGACUCGGCCAUGUUUGACCAGCAGCUGCACACCGGGGGUAACCUGGUGAGAGAAGGGUUCAAAAUGAUGGCUCGUAGGAACUCCUUCGGCAGAAUAGAUGAAACACCUGAUAAAGAGGGCAAUAGUGCACCCCAUGACCCCGGGAAGACUGCUCUCAUCUUCUCCGUGAAAAAUGAAGUGGGCUGCUUGGUGAAGGCUUUGCGUCUUUUCCAGGAGAAACAUGUCAACCUGGUCCAUAUCGAGUCCCGCAGAUGCAAGCGCGUGCCCACGGAGGUGGAAAUCUAUGCCGAGUUCAACUGCACCAAGAAGGAGUUUAACGAGCUGGUGCAGUACCUCAAAGACCAUGUCAAUAUCGUGUCCUACAACACACCUCAGCACGUGUGGUCUACGGACGGAGACUGUGAGGAUUGUGUGUGUGUUCUGGGGAGCUUACCAGAUGGGGAAGGAGUUCCCUGGUUUCCUCAGAAGAUAUCUGAGCUGGACCAGUGCUCCCACCGAGUACUGAUGUACGGCUCGGAGCUUGACGCCGACCAUCCCGGCUUCAAGGACAAUGUGUAUCGUCAGAGGAGGAAAUACUUUGUGGAGGUUGCAAUGAAUUACAAAUUUGGGCAACCAAUACCUUGCAUAGAGUACACAGUGGAGGAGGUCAAGACUUGGGGAGUCGUAUUCCGUGAGCUCACCAAACUCUACCCCACCCACGCCUGCCGAGAGUACUUGAAAAACCUCCCAUUGCUCACAAAGCAUUGUGGGUACCGCGAAGACAACAUCCCUCAGCUGGAGGACGUGUCCCUGUUUCUCCGAGAUAGGUCAGGGUUCACGGUGCGUCCAGUGGCUGGGUACCUGUCUCCGCGUGACUUUCUGGCUGGCCUAGCCUACCGUGUGUUCAACUGCACCCAGUAUGUGCGUCACAGCACCGACCCGCUAUACACACCAGAGCCGGACACUUGCCAUGAGUUACUGGGCCACGUUCCGCUGCUGGCCGACCCAAAGUUUGCCCAGUUCUCCCAGGAGAUCGGACUAGCUUCCCUGGGAGCAACGGACGAGGACGUGCAGAAACUCGCCACGUGUUAUUUCUUCACCAUUGAGUUUGGCCUGUGUAAACAAGAUGGACAACUGAGGGCUUAUGGAGCAGGCCUGCUCUCCUCCAUUGGAGAGCUGAGGCAUGCACUCUCUGACAAGGCCACAGUGAAGACAUUUGAGCCCAGGACCACUUGCAACCAGGAGUGCCUCAUCACCACCUUCCAGGACGUUUAUUUUGUCUCUGAGAGUUUUGAGGAGGCCAAAGAAAAAAUGAGGGAUUUUGCAAAAACAAUCAAGAGGCCUUUCUCAGUGUACUACAACCCCUACACUCAGAGUAUUGACCUACUGAAGGACACCAGAGGCAUUGAGAAUGUGGUGCAGGACUUGCGUAGCGACCUCACCACAGUGUGCGACGCCCUGGGCAAGAUGAACAGAUACCUGGGCAUAUAGUCUUGUUCGCAUCACUCCCAUGGAAACUGCCAGCACUUUGUCAGUGUUCAGUUGGCUCUAGUUGUAAAUUGUGUGAUUGCAAAACGGCUUCAAAUGUAUUUCACUGCCAGUUUUCUGUUGUGCUGCUUUAAAAUGCCUCUUACUUUCAUUGUUAAUUGCAGUAUAGACAGGGAAAAGUGCAGCUUCAGAAUCGGACAAUGUCAAGUGUCGUAAGACCUACAGUAAGGUUUUAUUUGGCAACA